AUGGCCACAAAAUUCCAAAGGCUCGUAAGGUUCAGAGCCUCGGACGGACAAAUCUACUAUGGCGAAGCCGGCUCAGACUGGGAGUCUGAUCUCACGGGAAAGGAAGUCCAAAUCUUUUCGGGUCCUGACCCGUUCGACAGUGAUUUUCGACUCUUGGAGAAAAAAGCCGUCGUUUCCGAGGUCUUGUGCCCUCUGGAGAAGGUGCCAAUCGUUCUAGGUAUUGGGUUAAAUUACAGGAAACAUGCUGAGGAAGCGGGGUUUCCCAUUCCAAGUUUCCCAGUCGUUUUUACCAAAUAUGCAGACACUCUAGCUGGCCCAUUCGAAGACAUCCCCAUUCAUCCGGAAGCAAAAGACCUGGAUUACGAGGGCGAGUUAUCAGUUGUCAUCGGAAAGGAUGCAAAGAACAUCUCCGAGGGAGAGGAUCCCAUGGAUUACGUCUUCGGCUUUGCCGUGGGCAACGACGUUUCGUCCCGAUAUUGGCAAGUCGCACCAAGGUCAGGCGGUCAGCAUGGCCCUGCCAAAUCCUUCGACAAGUUUGCUCCAAUUGGCCCCGUCAUUGCUUCUCGCCAGGCCGUCGUUAAUCCCGAGGGCCUCAGACUCCGCACAUGGGUUAAUGGUGAAUUGAGACAAGACGGCAAGACUGAUGAUUUGAUCUUCGGCAUCAGCGAUCUCAUCCGCCAUCUGGCCAGAGGCACUACGAUCAGAAAGGGCACGGUUAUCAUGACAGGGACUCCUAGUGGCGUGGCUGCUUUCAUGAAGCCGGCAGCAUGGUUGCGCGAUGGCGACACGGUAACAAUAGAGAUUGAGCGUAUCGGCAAAAUCUCGAAUAAGAUGGUCUUUGCAAACUGA